GCGUCUAAGGAGGUUGAUGCCGCCCGCUCCGCACCCAAGCCCAUGUCUCCCUCAGAUUUCCUGGAUAAGUUAAUGGGGAGAACAUCUGGAUACGAUGCCAGGAUCAGGCCCAAUUUCAAAGGUCCCCCAGUGAAUGUGAGCUGCAACAUUUUCAUCAACAGCUUUGGCUCCAUCGCUGAGACAACAAUGGACUACAGAGUGAACAUCUUCCUGCGGCAGCAGUGGAAUGACCCCCGGCUAGCCUACAAUGAGUACCCAGAUGACUCACUGGACCUGGACCCCUCCAUGCUGGACUCCAUCUGGAAGCCUGACCUGUUCUUUGCCAAUGAGAAGGGGGCCCACUUCCACGAGAUCACCACCGACAACAAGCUGCUGCGUAUCUCCCGCAAUGGCAACGUCCUCUACAGCAUCAGAAUCACCCUGACUCUGGCCUGCCCCAUGGACUUGAAGAACUUCCCCAUGGAUGUCCAGACAUGCAUCAUGCAACUGGAAAGCUUUGGCUAUACCAUGAAUGACCUCAUCUUCGAGUGGCAGGAGCAAGGGGCAGUGCAGGUGGCAGAUGGGCUGACCCUGCCACAAUUCAUCCUGAAGGAGGAGAAGGACCUACGCUACUGCACCAAGCACUACAACACAGGUAAAUUCACCUGUAUUGAGGCCCGCUUCCAUCUGGAGCGGCAGAUGGGCUACUACCUGAUCCAGAUGUACAUCCCCAGCCUGCUCAUCGUCAUUCUCUCCUGGAUCUCCUUCUGGAUCAACAUGGAUGCAGCCCCAGCCCGUGUGGGCUUGGGCAUCACCACCGUGCUCACCAUGACCACCCAGAGCUCCGGCUCUCGAGCCUCCCUGCCCAAGGUGUCCUAUGUGAAGGCCAUCGACAUCUGGAUGGCCGUGUGCCUGCUUUUCGUGUUCUCUGCCCUUCUGGAGUAUGCUGCUGUCAACUUUGUGUCUCGGCAGCACAAGGAGCUGCUCCGAUUCAGGAGAAAGCGAAGGCAUCACAAGGAGGAUGAGGCUGGCGAGGGCCGCUUCAACUUCUCUGCCUAUGGCAUGGGCCCAGCCUGCCUGCAGGCCAAGGAUGGCAUCUCGGUCAAGGGCGCCAACAACAACACCACCAACCCCCCACCUGCUCCAUCUAAGUCCCCAGAGGAGAUGCGGAAACUCUUCAUCCAGAGGGCCAAGAAGAUUGACAAGAUAUCCCGUAUUGGCUUCCCCAUGGCCUUCCUCAUCUUCAACAUGUUCUACUGGAUCAUCUAUAAGAUUGUCCGCAGGGAGGAUGUCCACAACCAGUGACGGUCUGGGGCAGGGGGCUGGGGGAAGGUGGAGAGGGACAGAGAGGAAGCCUAAGGAAAGGGGAGGGGCACAGCCCCUCUGCCACAUGUGCAAUAGCAAAUGCUGAUGCAUGA